GUGGCACGGAACGUAAUCACAGUGCGUGGAGAGUACGAAGUAAAGUAAAAUCACAAUAAAUUUAACUAAAAUAAACCCGCAUACCCAAGUAAAUCUUCAAUAAAAUACAUUAAUACUGAAAUAAUCAUGCCUGUCGCUGACGAUAUCCAGUCUUCAUGGGCCGAUGAGGUCGAGAUCGACCAGGGAGCUCUACCCCCUCCAUCGGAAGUUGUAGAAAAUGGUCUGAAGAUCGUCACUGAAUACAAAUAUGAUAAUGACAACAAGAAAGUCAAAAUCGUGCGCACGUAUAAAAUUGAGAAACGUGUUGUGUCUAAGAGUAUUGCAAAACGCAAGACCUGGAGCAAAUUUGGAGACUCAGCCAAUGACAAGCCAGGUCCGAAUCCUGCCACCACGAACGUCUCCGAGGAUGUCUUCAUGCAAUUCAUCACUAGUAAAGAAGAGAGCCAGCGGCCUGAUGAUGGAGAUCUUGAUGGUCUCAAGCCUCAGACCAGUAGUGCGAUCUUUAAGUGCAGAACCUGCCAAGGAGAGCACUGGACCGUCAGUUGUCCCUUCCAGCACACCCAGAUGGCUCAAAAUAAAGCUAAUGAAGCCGCAAAAGCUGCUGAUGCUAAAGCAGCUCCAAGCAACAAGUACGUGGCGCCGUACCUUCGCGAUGGAGGUGCAGGCCGUGGCACGGGCCGUGAACCACCAGGCGCGCGCCGCGAUGACGUCGCCGCUAUUCGUAUCUCCAACCUCAGCAACUUCACUGUUGAAGCCGACCUUGACGACCUUGUCAAGGGUUUUGGGCCGGUGCAGAAGUUGUAUCUCGCCAAGGAAAAGAGCACUGGACAUUGCAAGGGCUUUGCUUAUGUUCAUUUCAAGUUUCGGGCUGAUGCUGCAAAAGCAGUCCAGGUGCUGAACGGACAUGGCUAUGACCAUCUCAUUUUGAAUGCAGAGUGGUCGAAACCUCCUCAGAACUAAAUGAAAAAUUUCCACAACUUGAUUGUAAAAUUUUUCAAAUUGUUACGUCUGGCCAAUGAAGCUACCUAAAAUAUCAAUUUUAAAACAAACUUUAAAUAUAAAGAAUGCCAAGUAAACAU